AUGCACAUUUCAAUCUCUCGUUAUUUCAUACUACUGAGUAGUAUUAUUUGUUAUAUGGUCACCAAAAGUUAUGCAAUCGAAUGUUUAAAUCAUUGGAUCUCAUCUAUCCAACCUAUUGCCUUCUCCUUGAAUCCAUGCUUCACAUGUAAAUAUUCUACAUUCCAAAGAUCUAUGCAUAUUAAAUGGGAAUGUGAACGUGAAUACAACUUGAAAAUCAAUGGUACUGUUGGAUCCAUUCCGUUGGAAGAAGUAUCGAAUAUUGAAUUGAGAAAAUUAGGAAAAAGAGAAAAUACUUCUUAUUCAAAUGCUAUUUUAUCGGUUGGAUAUAUGACUAGUCAAGGUUGGACAAGUAUACAACUUCAACUUCAAUUGAUUGCACACCCUCCAGCUGAUAUUGAAACAAAACCUCAUCUUCAUUUCCAACCAGUUUUAGAUGACAAUGAAAUAUCAGUUAACUACUUCCAUUUAUUUUGGUAUUCAGGCAGGCAAACAGAAUUCACUAUCUUAAUUUAUAAUCUUACUCAUAUAAUUCAGCAUCAAACCCAUAGUACAUCUAUCUGUUUAAAAGAUCUAACUGAAGGAACAAAAUAUAAAUUCUGCAUUAUAGAAGCAUCUUAUGCAUGCAGAAGUUCAUCUUGGAAUUGUAUAAUUAAAACAAUCCCUAUACUUAGAAAGCAUUUCUCUAUUUCAUCAUUCUCAUUGUUGGCUAAAAAUUCAUCUGAAUCACAGUCUAUAUCAAUGAGAAGUAGAAAUCUUCGUAUCAAUAGUUGGGGUAGUGAUUGGAUACAAAUUUCAUGGUCACCAUUAUCGCAUAUAUCAUUUUGGAGAGUAAAUGAUCUACCUUUGGCUUAUUUAAUUACUGCUGUUUCAAAGUCAAGAAGUACUAACUGUUAUGAUCGAAUCUACAGUAUUCAAGCACCGUGGGCGCAUGAUUUCAAUUCAAAUUUAGCUUCUUCUGUGAAUGAAAUACAUCAUGAUAUUGCUUCACAGUGUUCACUCAAUGAAAUAUAUAAAAAAAUAAAUAUUUUAGGAAAUAUUUGGCCAGAAUGGAAUACUUUUAUAAAUUAUCAAAAUGGUAUUGAUGAAUUAGGUUCAGUAAUGAAUGAAUUUAUCGUCAAUUUGGAACAUCUUACACCUCAUGAAGAGUAUACAAUAAAACUGCAACCGAUUUUUGAAAAGUAUAAUGGUGUUAUUGAAACUGUUGUGGCUGAAAAAUUGAAUCCAUUGUCAGACUGUAAAUUAAGUCUUGAUGAAACAAAUCAAAAUGAAAUCACUAUUCAUUGGAUCCUACCAUCUUUGCUGAAAACAAAGUUGUCAGAUAACAAUAAUCCUCUAGUGUACAUAAUUCAAAUUUCUCAUAUUGGUAGACCAGAAAAGAAACUGGAAGAGACAUGCUUCAUGCCUGGUUGCCAAGACGAUAGGUCGUCAACCACUUUAAAUUUCUUACCUCAAAUGAUUUAUGAAACUCAACGCUUAAACUGUUACACAACUGAAAUACCUUUCAAACAGAAUUCAAGUUUCACUAUACCUUGUAAACUAUUGCCGUGUAAAGUGUAUGAGAUUUCUGUGAGUAUUCUACACCAAUAUACAAUUAUGAAAGAAUUUCAAUGUAAACGUCGUUUCAUGAAAAAUGCAUCACCUGCUGAAUCACCAAAAAAUGUUUAUGGCAUAGCUUUAGCUCAAAACGUGUUAUUUUUUGAAAUGGAUCAACCGAAAAUGCCAACAACCUACCAAUGCGGAGCAUUGGCUUACAUAGUGUCAGUUCGUACAGAUGAAAAAUUUGUAAAUGUUUGGCGAUACAAUUAUACUUUGAUAACGGUGAAUGAUUUACUGAUCAACCAAAAUUCUAUUGUACAUGGACAUCAAAACUUGUCAUCACGUCUCCAUUUUCUGAUAAAUAAUCCGUACCCUGCAAUGCAGCAUCUCUAUGUUCGGAUUCAAACUAUUCCAUUCAGUGGAAGGAAUUGGAUUGAAUUACGAAUUUCACUACCUGUUUCAAAUUGUUACUUAGACUGUGUUUGGCCAAACCAAUCACCAUAUUAUCAAGUAUCUCAAGGGAUCAACGUUUAUUCAGGUCAUCAUAUAAGUUCCAUAAUCACUCAUAGGCUUAAGAAUAGUUUUGCUUUUACAAAUUGUCCAAUGAUUCAGUCUACUGUUGGUAGUCAUCAUCCCAGAGUUUGUCAAUUCAGUGAAUUCUCCCAAUUAUCUGAAUAUGCAGUGUGUCGUGAUGACAGUUCAUCUGUAAAAAUGUGCUUCGUUCCUACAUGUGAUAAAAUGGCUCCAAUUUCGUGUAUAACUGUUGAACAUUCAAUCUUCAGUAAUUCAUCAGUUAUUCAAAUUGAAUGGAAACCCCCAGAAUUACUUCAGAGUAGUUAUCUCUUGUCAAAUUUUCAAAGUAACCAAUUGGAAGCUGAUUCAUAUUUAAUUAUUUUAUAUAGACUAAAUGAAAUGAAUAAGAAAUAUCGAAUAUGUGCUCAGUAUAAAUUUCUCGUUAUAUCAAAUGAUAUUUAUGAGAAUUGGAAAAAAUAUUUCCAUGAUUUAAUAAUUCAAUCGUUAAUAUAUUCAUGUCUUGGACAAACAAUUCAUUCAUUCACUUCAACAGAACAAAAUACUAUUAUCAUUUUUGAAAAUCUUUUACCAAGUACACAAUAUGAAAUCAGUAUAAUAUCAUUUAAUAAAUUUGGUAAUGCUGGAAGUGAAUGGUCUGAAGAAAUAGCUACAUCUGUUGCAAUCCCAUGUGAACCAGAAGAGUUAAUCAUUUACAAGAUUGAAUCACAUGCUAUUUCAGUGAAAUGGUCAUUGAAAAAAAGUGUUUAUUGUGGAAAUCCUUCACGUGUUAUCCUAUACUAUAAACUGGUUAAAUUGAAUAGUAACAAUGAAGAAUGGUCAUUUAUUGAUACAGAAUAUUUAUUAGAGCAUAUAAGAAUUUCAUCACUUCUUCCAUGUCAAACAUAUUGUGUUAAAGUGAGAUUUAUCAAUGUUGCUGGUAAUGGAAAAUUAUCAAAUAUUGUCUGUAAUACAACUAAACGAUCAGCUUUCACAAAUAUACCAGUUUUAACGUCUGAGGUGAUAGAUAUGGAUAAGUCAGUUACCUAUGGAAAACUUGGUCAAAUUAUGUUAUAUCUAAGGAUUGAGAUGAAUUAUACAAAUUACUGUUCAAUAUUAUAUGAGUUUCAUAUAAGUAUAUAUCAUGAUGAUAAAAAUACUUCAGUGAUUGUUUCGCCUAAUUCUGAAGUUUACUUCAGAAAAAAUAUUCAACAAGGACUUUUAUAUCAAGUACGCGGAAGAGUACGUUCCAAUGAAUCAGUCUAUUCUCCAACACUACGUGAUGAAAUGAACAUGUUUAAAUUCAGUCAGUGGACUCCAUUAAAUUUGGUAUAUGUUAAUAUGUCUCACUUUGAUGUUGUCAACUUCACUGUAACUGCAGAAAGACCAACUGAAACACCAAGACAACCUGGUGGUUACUACUAUUCAUGCUCACCUACUAUAACCAAACAAAUUGAUCACUCACUAUCACAAUCCACCUACAAGAAUUCAGAUGUCAAAUUUUUAAACAAAAAUCUAUUGGACAAGAAUAGUUAUUGCUUCGACUUAAGUUGGAAUAUUAUCGGUUCCCUUGAAGGUUUAGUAGGCUUCGCUAUUCAAUUCUUUCUACCUGUUGAACAAAAUUCAUUGAAAAGUCGAAGCUUAGUUGAAGAUGGUAAUCAUUAUGAUUUCCCAUGGGUUAAAAUUGCACGUGAUCAAUCGACAACAGAAAUUCAACAAUGUAUACAGUUUGUUUGGUUACCUUGCCUUCGAUGUUUGAAAAACUACUCGAUUAAAAAUGCUCAUCCUCGUGUUUUGAAAAAGUUAGAAAAGCUGAUAAAUGUUUGUCAAACUAAUAAACCUCAUCAUUCUACACAAUAUCAGAUUUCUGCUAUUCAUAAUAUAUCGGUAGAUUUAUCUCAUCAUAUUAAUAACAACUAUCCAACUGAAGGUUAUAACUUAAUAUCGAAUGUAAAGGAACUGGAAACACGAUUAAACUCCCUACAAAUCGAUAAUUCUAACCAUAUUACAUUGAAUCAAACAGUCUACAGAUUUCAGUAUCAUAUUACACCAAUAAUAGACAUACUUUCAUCGUCUACCUCAACAUCUUCAAUACUUAGAAAACGUAUCUCACGUUUAUCUUCCUCAAAGAUAUCAUUAACUCCUUCUAAACUAGCUGGCAAUGAGCCAAAGAAUAUUGGUUAUGUAAUUUUGUAUUCGGUCACUGCAAACGAUGUUAUUUAUAAGGUAACAAGAAAAUGGCAAUUGAAUGAAAAUACUUUAUCUUCAAGUUUAACUGGUGUCACUUCGAUGAUUCUUAUUUUUAGUAGUAUUGUCUUAAUUCUAUUACUUACUGGAUUCAUACUGUUCAUUAUUUUGAACAGACGACAUGCUAACAAUCAUAAACAAUUUAUUGAAAUUCAAAGAGUUGAUUAUCGUGAAGAUGAUGACGCUGUUGGAUAUGAACUACAUGAAGAAUACAAGCUGCCAAUCAUUCCUUUGAAAAUCCCACGGCAACCGGAUCCAAUUGCUGUUCAUGACUUCGUAACUUGGUUCGAAAAAAAUUCAAUCUCUCGAAGCAAUACUUUACGAGAAGAAUUUAAGUUAUUGGAUAUUUACUCAUAUAAACAAGAACAAGCCAAACAUUUAACAUGCCUAAUUGGUCAACGUCCUGAGAAUCGAUUACGCAAUAGGUAUCGUAAUCUUCUACCAUUUGAUGGGAAUUAUGUGCAACUAGAAAAUGCGAUAACUUUAUCAGAAUCUGAGCACACUCUUCCAUUGAGUCGAUCAACAGAAUGUCUGUAUGAUGAAGAUGAUGAUGAUGCUAACAAUAAGAAGGUUACUAAUGACAAGAUUAUUGAUGCAUUACCGAACAUAGGUAAAGAACAAUGGAUCACAUCAAAUUAUAUGAAUGCAAGUUGGAUACCAAGUAAGAUACCUGGGAUUUCAUUUACACUAUUUAUUUUGGCAAAUGAUUUGGGAUCAUCAUGUUACUUUAAUUGUUACACUUACCAGAUGUGUAGAGACGGUAAAGAGAAAUGUUCCAUGUACUGGCCUAGUGAUGAUCAGUUGUCUGGGUCAAAAGAACAAUCAUAUCAAAGUGGACGUACAGUUUAUUUUGGUCGAUUUAAAAUACAUCUGAUUUCAGAAUUCAAUUAUUCCGUGUACACACGCAGAAAACUACGAAUUCAUGAUCGUAAAACAUCGCAGGAUGAAUCCCGGGAUAUUAUUCAUUUGCAUAUGCUUAAAUGGCCUGACUUCUCAACUCCAACCACCGAGGAUUUUAUAACCUUUCUUUAUGCUUAUUGGACCGAAAGACGAAUUUUAGGUGGAGAAUCUCCAGUCCUUGUACACUGCAGUGCUGGUAUAGGACGAACUGGUACAUUUAUUUGUCUGGAUCAAUUAUGCCAACAAGUUCGUUAUUUGUUACAAGUUACAAGUUGUCGACCUUCUAUAACAAAAGUCAAUAAAAAGAAUGAGCCUGUUUACAUAAAUUUAGACAGUGAAGAAGAAGAAGGAGAUGGAGAUGGGAAUGGAAAUGGAAAUGGUUACGGGGAAGAGGGUGAUGAGGCACAUCAGAGUGAAGCAUCGAAAAUCGAUGAACAAUGUGAAAUCAAAAACUUAGUAAAUGGAAGUAAAAAUAAAGAUCAAAUGAACCAGGAUAAAGAUAUAAGUAAUCAUGAUUUUCUUCUAAAUGGAACAUUAAACACAGAAUUAAAAUCAUUGAUGAACAAUAUCAUAACUACAAUAAUGAUUAUAGAAUAA